GCGGGGAUUGGUGGGUCGGGCACUCACGUGGUUAACGGUCGCGGGAAGCCGCGGAGCCCGAACCUGCGGGUGGACCUGCGGAGACCCCAGCCUCGGUGCCUACGCCGCCCCGCCUCUGCUGGACAGUCCACGCCGCCGCCGCCGCCGCCACCGCCGCCCGCAGCCCCGAGCGCUCCAGAGCCGCAGCCCGCCACCGCGCAGGUCCGCCGCCGCGGCGACCAGGCGCGCCCAGUCGCACGUGGCGGACCCGCCCCCUGGGCCGUCCGCGUCCUGGACUCCGCGGGCUCCGGCUCUCCGGUCCUCGGCCUCGGCCCCGGCCCCGGCCCCGGCCCCGGCCCCAGGGGCGCGAUGAGCUUCCUGAGCCGGCAGCAGCCGCCGCCGCCCCGCCGUCCUGGGGCUUCCUGCACUUUGAGGCAGAAGCUGAUCUUCUCGCCCUGCAGCGACUGUGAGGAGGAGGAGGAGGAGGAAGAGGAGGAGGGCAGUGGCCACAGCACGGGAGAGGACUCGGCCUUUCAAGAGCCCGACUCGCCGCUGCCGCCUGCGCGUAGCCCCACAGAGCCCGGGCCCGAGCGCCGCCGCUCGCCCGGCCCGGCCCCCGGCAGCCCCGGGGAGCUGGAGGAGGACAUGUUGCUGCGGGGCGCCUGUCCCAGCGCCGACGUGCAGGGCGGCGGGGCCGAGGGCGACUCGUGGGAGGAGGAGGGUUUCGGCUCCUCGUCGCCGGUGAAGUCGCCGGCAGCCGCCUACUUCCUGGGCAGCUCGUUCUCGCCGGUGCGCUGCGGCGGCGCGGGGGACGCGUCCCCGCGCCGCUGCGGGGCGCGCCGGGCUAGCGAGGGCCCCUGCUCGCCGCUGCCGGAUCACCCCGGCACCCCGCCGCACAAGACCUUCCGCAAGCUGCGGCUCUUCGACACGCCGCACACGCCCAAGAGUUUGCUCUCCAAAGCUCGAGGAAUUGAUUCCAGCUCUGUUAAACUCCGAGGUGGUUCUCUAUUCAUGGAUACAGAAAAAUCAGGAAAAAGGGAAUUUGACAUGCGACAGACUCCUCAAGUGAAUAUUAAUCCUUUUACCCCAGAUUCUGUGUUACUUCAUUCCUCAGGACAAUGUCGUAGAAGAAAGCGAACACAUUGGAAUGAUUCUUGUGGUGAAGACAUGGAAGCCAGUGAUUAUGAGUUCGAAGAUGAAACAAGACCUGCUAAAAGAAUUACAAUUACUGAAAGCAAUAUGAAGUCACGGUAUACAACAGAAUUUCAUGAGCUAGAGAAAAUUGGCUCUGGAGAAUUUGGUUCUGUGUUUAAGUGUGUGAAGAGGCUGGAUGGAUGCAUUUAUGCCAUUAAGCGAUCAAAAAAGCCAUUGGCUGGCUCUGUCGAUGAGCAGAACGCUUUGAGGGAAGUAUAUGCUCAUGCAGUGCUUGGACAGCAUUCUCAUGUAGUUCGAUAUUUCUCUGCAUGGGCAGAAGAUGAUCAUAUGCUUAUACAGAAUGAAUAUUGUAAUGGUGGAAGUUUAGCUGAUGCCAUAAGUGAAAACUAUAGAAGCAUGAGUUACUUCACAGAAGCAGAGUUGAAGGAUCUCCUUUUGCAAGUUGGCCGGGGCUUGAGGUAUAUUCAUUCAAUGUCUUUGGUUCAUAUGGAUAUAAAGCCUAGUAAUAUUUUCAUAUCUCGAACCUCAAUCCCAAAUGCUGCCUCUGAAGAAGGAGAUGAAGAUGACUGGGCAUCCAACAAAGUUAUGUUUAAAAUAGGUGAUCUUGGACAUGUAACAAGAAUCUCUAGUCCACAAGUUGAAGAGGGUGAUAGCCGUUUUCUUGCAAAUGAAGUUUUGCAGGAGAACUAUACCCAUCUACCAAAAGCGGAUAUUUUUGCCCUUGCCCUCACGGUGGUAUGUGCUGCUGGUGCUGAACCUCUUCCCAGAAAUGGAGACCAAUGGCAUGAAAUCAGACAGGGUAGAUUACCCCGGAUUCCCCAAGUGCUUUCCCAAGAGUUUACAGAGUUGCUAAAAGUUAUGAUUCAUCCAGAUCCAGAGAGAAGACCUUCAGCAAUGGCACUGGUAAAGCAUUCAGUAUUGCUGUCUGCUUCUAGAAAAAGUGCAGAACAAUUACGGAUAGAAUUGAAUGCUGAAAAAUUCAAAAAUUCACUUUUGCAGAAAGAACUCAAGAAAGCUCAGAUGGCAAAAGCUGCAGCUGAGGAAAGAGCACUCUUCACUGAUCGGAUGACCACUAGGUCCACCACCCAGAGUAAUAGAACAUCUCGACUUAUUGGAAAGAAAAUGAACCGCUCUGUCAGCCUUACCAUAUACUGAACUACUCAUUUCCCACCUCCCCCAAAAAACUGUGACAAGAGGAAGCUAGGUUGAAAUCACUGCUAGAAUCCAGCUUGCAAUUACUUUCUCAAUCGGUGUCAGUAGUUUUACUGAAAGACCUUUUAGGACUUCUGUUUGUGAAUUACAGUUGAAAGCUGUAUUUUGACCAGUGCUAUAUCAGGCUUGCAUCUAGUGUUACUAGUCUGUCUCCUGUAGGCCGUCAGUCACUGCUGAGGGUACACCGGACUUUCUAGGGUUAACCACUGUGGUGGUGUGCUGCUUAUAGUUUGCUGUUGCAUCGUAAUAAAAGGUGUCUUUCCUUGUAGUGACCUGUAAAAGGGACUCAAGGGCUUUGUUGCAAACAUAUUCUCCCUUUGAAAAGGGAAAUGCUAAGAGACUCAGUACUACUCAGCCUUCAAUGUACCUGUGUGUCAAUCUUACAUUUCUUUUUUUUAAAUUGUGAAUUAUACUUGUAUAUCCAACUGGGAGCACUUUGUAGGCAUUGCAUGAACCAUGGAAUGAUAAUUCUGUGGAAGUAUUGCCUUGUGAAUUUGCUGCUAUUCUAGUUUUGUCUUUGCUGUAAAAUUGUAGCAUUAAACAAUCAUUGUUGUUAAUAGGCUUUUUUGGAAAACAAUUAUGUGAAAUAUAUAGCUGCUCUUGAUGACAAGCAGCUAUUUGCCUUUUUUCUUUGAACUUUGAAGCUAGUGCAUUGGAGUAAUGCACCUUUUUUUUCCCCCUUUUGGAUUGCUGUAUUAAUGUAGUAUAAUUGUUACUGGUUUUGUAAUUUUUCCUGGUAAUGCCCUUCCCUGACUCUUUUUUAAAAUGUUCCCUCCCUCUACCCAAGUUUUGUACUUGAUUGUAUUGUUAGUCUGUUUUUAAAUGUUUUGCCCGGUUUCUCUUCAAUAUUUGUGUAUAUAAACUAAUCUUGGUGAUAGUGUACAUAGCUGUUUGAAAUGCCAGAAUGACUUCUGACUAUUCCAAGCUUUUCACAAAAUAUAUUUUAUCAAUGAUAAGCCAUUUGACUAAUAAUACUGGCUAACCAGACAUUGCAAAAAACAAAAACACAGAAUUUGUCUAUUGUUUGCUUUCCUAUUAAUUUUGGUUUACAGCAUGUUUGCACUUGUCUGUUUGACUUGUGUUUUAUUAACAUUGAUUGGCAUAUUAAAAGUCACUCUGAGCUUACCUUAAUUGUCUAAAUCUUUGUGAUGCCUGUUUUCUACCAUUUUAUCUCUAGUAUCACUACAUUUUAACAUUUAGAGUAUAAUGUAUAUAAAGUACUAAAAGGGCACAUUUUUCAAUAGAAUAUGAAACAGUAUUUAAUGAUGAGCUUUAGGCUACAGCAGUUACAUUUUGUAAUUGGAGAAAAAUUUGUCCAUCAACCAUAAAUGUUUUUUGUCACUAUAAGUAUUUAAUAUUUGUACAUCACAUUGCAUAUUAUGCAUUUAAUCUGCUAGAAAUGUAAGAUAAUGUAGUUUAAAAUGGCUUUAGAUUAUUAAGUGGAUAUAAUGACUCAACUUUCUAACUUAAGCUGAGUCACACAAGAGCUUUAAAGUGAGGUUGUAACAACUAGGCUGGAUUUCUUAAGAGUCGAGAGUGCAAAUUUAAGUGAUUAAACAAUGCUAAUUCUAUGUGACAUCUUUUUCUGAUAUAGAUUAGAACCAGAGUAAGCAGCAAAGGCCUUAGAGCUUAAAAAUGAACGUUCCCCACCCCCCAAUCUCCCAAAAAACCAAAAAGGAUUUUGCAAGAUCCUUGUGCUUUUUGAUCAUGGGUACAUAAUUCCUGUUGAUUAGGGUCUGUAUCUUCCCACUAUAAACAUUUCUAAUAAGCUUAAUUACUUUAGCUUUUAAACCUAUGGCAUGUUAAAAAGCACAUUCUAGAGGAGUGAGAGGAAUUAGUGCAGACAGGUAAAUUAGAUAAAAAAGCUGAUGCGGGGGGCUGAGAGAAAACAAGCUGCAGAGACUGGAGUAGGUAACAUUUCAGUAGUCACUGGAGACAAAACUAUAAAAAGUAUAAUUGGUGUACAUUAGGGUCACUCAAAGUCAUUGAGGUGCAUUUUUCUAGUGCACUAGCUUCAAAGAAAAAAAUCAGGCAUUUUUCAAGUUGAUAAUUGCAGUAAAUUUUUCACAUAUUGUUUAAGAAUAUUAGAUUAAGUAGGAAAAAAAUCUGGUUUUUUAGAAGGAAUUCUUAAGCCCAUCUAAAAGCUGACAGAGUUGGGCUCAUAUUCACCACAGGAUAAUUAGGUUGAAUGCCUUCUAUGUACUAACCGGUAGACCAAAGACCUGUAAGAAAUAGUCUUUGCCCCUCAGUACUCAGGAUAAAAUAGAGGAGACCCAUGUAAACAUAAAAUGACAAUAAAAUGUGAUUAAGUGCUAUGUUGGGGGGAUUCUGCAGGUAGAGUGAUAGCUCAAAGGACAAUUACAUAGCUUGCGAAGAUGCUGGAGGUAGAGCAGUGAGUAGAUCCAGGGAAUUACAUUUAGACUGAUUUCAAAGCCAUUGUACUGACUCAGGGUAAGAGUAAAGAGGGCCUGAACUAGGACCCCUGUGGAUAGACACAGGAGAAUAGGGAUUUCAUUGGGAGCACUGUACACGGAACAGUUUUUGUUUUUAUAUAAUAGAAUGAGAACUUGUUAGCAUAACAUCAGGAGGAUGCUACAAGUGCUAAUAUGGAAGCAUUGAAGGAUUUUCCAGAAAAGUUAACUAAAAUGCAAGGGCCUGUUACUGUUUGAGACAGAGACCUAAGAUUGAUAAAACUGCUUUGAAAAGCUGACUUUAGUAAGGAAGAAAAAUUUUAAGUAUUGACUAUGCAGGCAGAUAGGAGGAAUCAUACGUUGCAGUUGACUGCAAAAUGAAAUUGUUGCCUUACCUUUAACUUGCCAUGAAUCCAAGGCAUCCCACUUUAACUAGGGAGCUAAUGUCUUUUGAAGAGCCAGUUCUGAAGCUUUGGUUUUCACUCUGUUCCACAGGUCAAGAAAUAAUGGCAUUUAAAAUAUUGCUAACAGCUGGAUUUGGGUACUGCUUUCAGCUGUCUCCUAAUUCUUAAAACAGCAGCAUCCUGACAUUAGCCUUCUUUCUCCCCAAUUCAUCUCCACAAAGCAUCUCCCUGACUUUAGCCAACAGAUCAAAUAAGUGAUUGCAUCCCUAAGGUAUUUUUAUGUGUGAAAUUUUUGAAGGCCAAUUAAAGCAAUCAACAAGGAGGAUGGAUCAAAAAAGAAUUUUGGAUGUGUUUUGGAUAUUGUGAAAAUCGUAAAUGAAGCCUGGAACUAGGAAUUGGAGGAAACUGCCUCAUUCAGUUUUUUGAGGCAUUUGUAUAACUAUGAAAAGCAUCACUGAAACUGAUUUGACAUUGCAGAUUGAGUGGAUCUAGAAGUGUCUCCUGCAAACCCGGUUGUAUUGUUAGAAAUUUCUCAGAAGCUCAGCAAGGUAGAUUUUUAUAAAAAUGGAGGAGUAAGACAUCAUUGAAACUGCCCCUUUCCCAGCACUUAGCUUUUAAAAACUUUGAGAAGCAUUCAUCUGAACAUCAUUGAACUUUUUCUUUCUUUGUGGCAGAUGACCCUAAUUUUCAAUGCAGUUCAAAGGUCUCUGGAAUAAGGAAAACUAUCUAUGUAUGCUCUAGGAAGAUUUACCAGGAAAAGAUGGCAUGUUCUGUCCAAACUUCAUUAAACUAAGAGUCUAAGAAACCUCGGCCAGUCCAGCCCGUGAAGAAAAAUACCUCAAGGAACGUUUAUAUCAUAGUUCAUAUUGUUUAGUUUUAUAUGGUUAAUAAAUAUUUUGAAGAUCA